GGUCCCGCGCCGCCCCCAUCCCGCGCCGCCCGUGCCAGGAUUGUUAUCGCUGAAGAAUUAAAAAAGGAGACUUGGGCGCGGAACUCACUGGGGCAGCCGGGCUCAGCUCCGCCUCCCCGGGCCCGGCCGCGGGGGUGGCGGCGCGUUUAUCCGGGACGGGGCCCCGGCCGCGUGGUCCUUGUGACGGCCGCGCCGCGGGCAGGACAUGAUAGGUAGAAAAGGAUCCUGCAUUUCAGGACAGAUACCGAUGAUUGACCUAAGCUGCCUUGCCUAUGUUCUGGAAGAAUGGACUAUUGUGCAGUACCUGAAGAAAUACCUUUUUCAUGUGGCCACCGUCCUACUGACAAUAAGUGCAAUAUUAUUUUUUUUUAUAGUUCCUUUAACAAUCCUCUUUUUCAUUUACCUUUCUAAUGUUUUGCUUUUAAUGUAUCAGAGGAACAAUGAGGUAAAAGCAGAUCCCUCGAGUGAUGUUUGGGAUAGUGCAAGGAAAACUAUAGCACGUUUUUGGGAUAUAUAUGCAAGAAUAUGGCAUGGUUAUGAGCUUCAUGGUGUGGAAAACAUACCCGAAGGGCCGGGCAUUCUUGUGUAUUACCAUGGAGCUAUUCCUGUAGACUAUCUUUACUUUUUGUCUAGGCUGUUUCUCUGGAAGAAUAGACUUUGUCUGUCAGUAGCUGAUCAUUUUGUCUUUCGUUUACCAGGACUUAAAUUAUUAUUGGAAGUGAUGCGUGUGAUGCCAGGUACAAGGGAGGAGUGUCUCAUUGCACUGAAGAAUGGACACUUGGUGUCCAUCUCACCAGGUGGAGUUAGAGAAGCGCUAUUCAGUGAUGAAAGUUAUCAGCUCAUGUGGGGAAAUCGAAAAGGUUUUGCUCAGAUUGCUCUAGAUGCAAAAGUGCCCAUCAUUCCGAUGUAUACUCAGAAUGUCCGGGAAGGAUAUAGGACACUUAAAGAAAGAAAUCGUGCUUUUCAGACUUCUGCUUACUUUGGAUUCUCUAACAUGCUUCCUGUGGGAUUUCUUAGGCAGCUGUAUGAAAACACUCGACUGCCAAUUUUCCCUCCGUACGGAGGACUUCCAGUUAAAUUUCGCACAUAUGUUGGGGAGCCAAUCCCUUAUGAUCCGAAUAUAACUACAGAGGAAUUAGCUGAAAAGACCAAGACUGCCAUCCAGACUCUCAUAAGCAAGCACCAGACAAUCCCAGGCAGCAUAUGGAAGGCUCUACUGCAGCGAUUUGAUAAGCAUCGUAAAAGUGAUUAGAAUGCUUAUGUUUAUUUCAUUGGUUUUACAGCAUACAGUAAAAAACAAUAUCCUAUGGAAAUGAUGAUUAGUAAUUGGUGUUCAACCAGUUUAAUUUACAAGUUUCUACAGAUUUGACAGAAGAAAACAAUUAACCUCUUGAAGGUUCCCCUGUGUUUUUGAGGAUAUUCUGAAGUCAGAAAGGCUGAAGAAGAAAAUUUAUGUAUAAUAGCAAUGCAACAGCUAAAUUCUCCAAAAGGAAAUAAUGUAGCAAGGAUUUGCCUGGUUCCUAAAACAAGUGUGUACAUACAUCGGAGAGCCUCAGAAGUGUUGUCUACAUCUGUGGUUUUCUCUUUUGAGCGGUUGACAAUCCAGUCUCAGAGUAGAACCUCAGAGUUGGUGUUAUCCCACCAGAUUCCACCCCUUUGUGGCAUCUUCCCUGAUGGUCCCCAAGCAAGACAGUGUCAGAAGAGAAACUGCCUCACUUUAGCUGCUUUGGCCAUUUUUACAGAGAGACUAGACAAAGAGAAAUAAUCCCAUUAAUAAUAAUCCCAUAUUAGACUCCUACAAACACAUCAGCUUAGUGGUUUGGUACCCUGAAAAGCAGGAAUGCAACAUCCAAGACUUUGCCCUGACAGAAAGAAGGAAAGUCUUUCAAAGAGAGAAAAAGCUUUAGUUCAGUGUAGCACUAUGCAUAUACAUGUAGACAGAAGUUUUAUGUCUGAGCUGGUACAUUCAUGUGCUGUUGCACCAUACAAUACUGGUUUAGUGGACGAGGCUGCCUGCAGCCUGAGAAUCCCUGCAUUGUAGUGUGUUUGCAGUACAGAUGUGCUGUACUCACCCAGAUCUCUCGGUGAGCAGGACCUUGCUUAGGUAAUGCAACCCUGAGGCUUACCAUCUUUGGUGCUUUGCCUAAAAAUGUAGUACUGCAACACUGCCAUCCCCAAAUGGAUUGAACCUAAAUGCCUGUUUGGAAAGGUGGACAUACCAGCAUUGUCUUCUUAAUACAACUUGCAGAAUACUGAAACUUGCUAUAAAGCAGAAUGUGUUUUUACAACCUGUAGGAUGUUGUUACUGGUGGGAGUGGGAGAACUUUGUGUAAUAUAUCCAAUAUGCCAUUAAAUGAACCAAGUCUGUUAACUUUGAGCACACACAAA